AUGCAGAUCCAAUCCGUCCUCGUCACCAUCGGCGCCCUCGCCGCCACGGCCGCCGCCAAGCCCAACCACCUCCCCUUCAAGCACAAGGACGGCAACCUCGCCAUCGUCAACGGCACCAUCGUCACCCUGACCCGCGUCCACCAGCAGGUCGAGACCUGGUGCCCCGAGCCCACCACCCUGUACUUCAACAACCGCACCUACAAGAUCGACAAGCCCACCACCUUCAAGAUCCCCGACUGCCCCUGCACCGAGAUCUACACCACCAACUACGACCACGGCUACUACCCCACCGGCGUCGUCCCUCCCGCCCCCGCUCCCCCGGUCGAGACCGGCGUCCCCGGCACCGAGUGCGGCGGCAGCCCCUGCCCGGGCCCCGCGCCCACUGGCCCCGCGGUUCCUCCCCAGGUUCCCGGCCAGUCUGGCGCCCCCGGCCCUGCUCCCAGCGCUCCUGCCGUUCCCGGUACACCUGGCACUCCCAGCACUCCCGGCACCCCUGCCACCCCCGGUGGUGAGGGCGGUGAUGCUGGCAACGGCGGCAACGGUGGAAAUGGAGGCAACGGCGGAAACGGAGGCAACGGUGGCAACGGCGGCAAUGGAGGAAACGGCGGCAACGGAGGCAACGGCGGCAACGGCACCCCCGGUUCCCCUGGCACCCCGGGUACUCCUGGCACUCCUGGCACUCCCGGUACCCCCGGUACCCCCGGCACCCCCGGCGGCUCUGGCGGUGCUGGCAACGGUACCGAGUGCGGCGGCGCCCCCUGCCCCACACACGUCGUCGUCGCCGGCGCCGAGAAGCAGGCUGCCCUCGCCGGCUCCCUGGCCCUCAUCGCCGGUGCCGUCGCCGUCUUCGCUCUGUAA